UUGAGUAUCAGUGUAUGCGGGGAAGGACACGACUGACUUCCUUUCAACACAUUUGAAAUAGUUUUCGCAAUUCACUUUGUUUUGAAAAACUUUUUCAGGUAUCAGGCUUGUUAAGUCAAACAGCUGUAGCAGCCGUCUGGAAUUGGCUGGCACUGGCGUCGACAUCGUCGAGACGGGCGCUGAUGACACAGAGGUCGUCAAGAAGAUGGUACAUCAUUUUGAGUGUACAAAGCAGCGACAAGUGCAACCAGAGAGUAAGGAGGAGCCGCUAACGAUUAACAAUCAAAUACCAGCAAGAAGAGUGAUCGAUUGCGCACAAGCCGCCGCCAGUGUUGGUGUGGCAGAAGUGAAGCAAGUAACAGUAAAUAAUCACAUAAAUGUGCCUAUGACAACAUACGCGCCGGACGAUGUCAAGUCCGCAAAAGUGAUAAGCGACGAAUUUGACCGCACAAACUACAAAGAUAAUAAAUCAGAAAUCGAAAAAACUUAUCAAAGUUCAGCCAUGGAUAUACGCUUGAGCACUGGCGAGCAACGAAAGUCUCAGGACUUUGUUGGCGAAAGCAUUGACGGUGGCGGUGACACAAAUGGCACAUUGAAAGUGUGGCGCAAUAAAAAUGUCGAUUUGGCUUACACAAUAGCGAUGAAGCAAUCGGAUGGCAACAGCAAAGCUGCGCAAACGAUGUCAACUACUGUGGCAAGCAUGAAAAGAAUAUUAGAAUCCAAUAUGCCAUUGAAGAGUUGUACGCGUAUCGAUGACAACGCCAGCUGCGAGAAAGGUAAGGAAGCCAGCGCUUUGCCGGAGAAAAUUAAUUUCGGAAAUAUGGACGCAAAGCAACCGCAACGAACCGUUGAUAAUUGGCAGGCGCCGCAAGGAGAGCAACACACUGCAGCCACUCAAGCUAAAAUACAAGCUGCACCAGCAGCAUCGGCGACAACAACGACAACACCAAUACUGGCACCCCGCUCCACGCAGCUACCCGCUCAAAUAGUUGUGCCCGUCGAGAUACAUCGCGUCGACCAGCAAACACCGGAGCCAUACGGUCGCACGAGCGUCGCCAGCAGCCGUGGCAGCAGCGUUACGACAGUUAUUGCAACCAGCACAACGACGCUGCUGGACAAGAGUGUUGUACGCCAUUAUGUGGCGAACGAUAAGAGCCUCUUCGAGAAGCGCAAGUAUGACGAUAUCGAAUUUGAGGAAUUCGAAGUUUAUGAUCCGACAAAGGAUUUUGAGAAGUUAAUUGAAAAUGAAAAACGCCGUGAGGAGGCGAAGAGAGAAGCGCAGCAACAGCGCGGACAGCUGGUGCAGCACGGGACGCAACUGGCACAACAGGCUGUUGGUGGCAAAUUGGUUGUUGCACCAGCAUGGCAUAGCAUCGGCGACAAAGGCGAUGACGACGAUGAUGACCAUGAGGAGGAGGAGGAGGAGGAAGACGGACGAAAAUCGAAGGUGGGCAGUGAUUGUUAUGACUACGAUAGCCUUGAGGAUAAAUUGUGAAGUGAGCGGCGGCAAGCGGCAAAGGAAAUCGAGAAAUUGACUAUAAUGUUUAUGUAAUCCUUUUAGCGUUUAAGUGCUUUAAAUUAAUUAAAAGUAUUCGAAAUGCGCAGCUGAUGCCAGGCGCGCAACGCCUUUCUAUAAGUGGGCGAAAUUUAUGAAAUGUAAAAAAGACAACGAUAACGGUGUAGGGGUAUUACAUUUUAUCUACAUUUACUGCAAAUAUACUUGUAUAACAUAUAAAAUUACUUAUUGUGCUAUCACUUUGCCUAAUUUUAAAUUCUAUCCAUUAUUUAUAUAUUAAAAAAAAAAAAUGAAAUGUACCAAACAAUCAUUGACUCCCAGGAGAAGUGUACGUGUGUCCACUGGCGAUUGAUGGCCGUGACAAAUGCCAAAUGUAGUCAAUCCAAAGGUUUUAUGCGAAUUGAAUAUUUAAGUUAAAUUAUUAAUUAUGUUAUAAAUAAAUGUAUGCGUAUUUACAAUUAAAAUAAA